GCCCGCCCCGCCGCCGCGUCCCUCCGGGGCACCAUGGAGCUCUCGCCGUCGUCCGGAGGAGCCGCCGAGGCGCUGUCCUGGCCGGAGAUGUUCCCGGGGCUGGAGUCCGACUCGCCGCUGCCCCCGGAGGAGCUGGACGCGGUUGUUCCCGUCAGCGGGGCCGUGGCCGGUGGCAUGUUGGAUCGAAUCCUUCUGGAGUCCGUGUGCCAGCAACAGAGCUGGGUCCGGGUGUACGAUGUUAAAGGACCACCUACCCAUCGUCUCUCUUGUGGCCAGUCACCCUACACCGAGACGACAACGUGGGAGCGGAAGUACUGCAUCCUCACAGACAGCCAGUUGGUAUUGCUCAACAGGGAGAAGGAGAUGCCUGUGGAAGGGGGACAGGAGCAGCAGACAGAUUCCACCAAAGGGCGAUGCCUGAGGAGAACUGUCAGUGUCCCUUCUGAGGGUCAGUUUCCUGAGUACCCACCAGAGGGCGCCUCUAAACUGGCAUGUGUUGAAACAAGUUUAGGUGUGGGCCUAAGUUACACUGAAAACCCGUCUGGGUGUUACCAUGUUAUAGGCCAUUUGUAUUUCACAUACAGCUUCUUUGUGAAUUUAACUGGCCUAGCAGCACCUUUCAACUCCUUUGCUUUCAUUAUUUGUAAAGUUAUGUUGAUGACUGUCUUUGCCACUUCUCAAGGAAAGGUUGAACAGUCAAGCUUUGACCCACAAAAAUUGGUAGAUUUUGAGAAAAUGCAGUCAUAA